AUGGAUAUGGAGGAAUAUGUUAACACUCCUUUGAUUUUGGGACGUGAAGCUCUUAAAACUUUGGGGGCGGUCAUCAAUUGCAAGAACAACACCAUCACUUGUGAAGUGGCCGAUGAAAAGAUUGUCUUUGAAUUUUCUAAGUUGCUCAAGACCCCCACGGUUGAAAAAUGCUAUAGAGUUGAUGUUGUGAAUGAGGAGCUAGAUCGUUUGGGGAGGGUCGUGAUGAGGCCUCAAGAUCCAAUGAUAGAAGCCCUUACAUGCAAAGAAGAGUUCCACUCUCAAGAGGCUAAAGAAUUUUUCAUGGCAAUGGAGGAAUCCUCAAAGGAGGAAGUACAACAACAAGUUGAGACCGAGCUUGAGUCCAAGGAGGAGAAAUUGGAGGAGAAGGUUAUUUUUUACUUCAAUGAGGCUUGGCUUGAGGAGUUUCGUAAGCUCAAGGAAGCUCUCAUUUCUUCUCCCGUUGUGCAAGCUCCGGAUUGGAGCUUGCCUUUUGAGCUAAUAUGCGAUGCUAGUGACUUUGUAGUUGGUGUCGUUCUUGGUCAAAAGAAACAAGGAAAAUCAUGUGUCAUCUACUACGCAAGUAGGACUCUAGAUGAGGCUAAAAAAAAUUACACAACAACAGAGAAAGAGAUGUUAGCGGUAGUGUUUGCAUUCGAUAAGUUUCGAUCCUAUCUCAUAUGCUCAAAAGUUAUUGUGUACACGGAUCACAUCGCGUUGCGGUAUCUCAUGGCCAAGAAAGAAGCAAAGCCUCGCUUGAUCCGUUAG